AUGGAAAGGUGGCCACAGACCCUCCGAAUGGGGGUGCUGGUGUGGGCGCUUGUGGCAUCUGUGGCUCAGACAUCCGCAACUGGAUCCUCGCAGUCACUGGAUGCCUCACUGGACCCCAGCUCCGCGGAAAGGCGGCUUCAGACUAGCCCUUUUGUUUCAUCCAUAUUGCCCGCAGGCACAAGCUUGACUGUGCACCUAUUUGGAAGCAAGACUUCAUCUGCAGCUGAUGGUCAGGAACUUCAUAUACUGGCCGGUGAAGUAUUAUACGGUAUUAGUAUCAGCCUUCCUCAAGGUUUUCUUUUCAACGUGGCCGCAGGUCGCUUGCGCGUAGUUUUUGGGUACUUGUCGGAAGACGAGGCCAGAAAUGGAGAGUGUGCGCCUGAUCAGCUUGGACCCGUAAGUGAUCAGGUUGUGCAGGCUCCACUUUCAGCCCGCUGGGGCACCGCGGCAAACGUGGCACAGGGAGUUUCAACGCUUACUGCUGACAUUGCCACGGGUGCCACUUUCUUACAGGGCGGGAUGUAUCGCUUGUGCUUCAGUGACGAUGGUUCUUUUGCGUCCGGCCGUGCUGACUUGUUGAACGUGCUCUUAAAUGUACAGGCUUUUGUGACAACACGGCUCCCUGCUGGAACAGGUCUUUUCUUAAUGUUUGCGAAUGGUGAAGAGAAAGCGGCCAUCGACGGUGAAAGUAUUAAAUUCAGUGCAGCCCAGCCCAUCACUAAGAUCGCACUACAGCUGCCACUGCUUUCGGUCAUUGAUUCCGGCUCCGUGCGGCUGAAGGCAAUAAGCGCCGCGGUUACACGUGAGGAGGUGCUGGCCGGAGCUUGUGCUGCAGGCAGCAUGAUGGAACUUAGCACAGAAAUGGUGGGAGCCCCGUUGUCGUCUGCCUCGGGUGUGGCAACGCUUGAUUCUCGCGGAAUGAGGCAAAUCAACACGUCUUUCGCGGACCCCAUACCGUUUAACUCUGCUGGGCGAGCACAGCUUUGCUAUUCAGAUGAUGGUAGUUUUUCCAAUGACCACGUGGAUUUGGUGAAUGUUGAAUUGAUUGCCGAUGGUUUGAUCAGCACCUGCGAGACGGCUGGCUGCCUGGCUGCUCGCUCGUUCCGCUGUCACGCUUUGCUGGGGAAAGCUUCAGAGUAUGGCAGCUGUGCCUUGCCGAUCGAGGGCGUGCAAGGUGACCUAGGAUUGUUGUCCUGGUCUCGAGGCAUCGAUGGCUUGUAUGGUGGUGAUGGGGCACCCUUGCCGCUUGACACUCCAAUGUGUGGCACGACUGCAGCAGACACUGCUGCUUUCUGUGCAGGCAAGACAUGUGAAGAGGGAAACCGAUCUUUUCAGCUAGACUCUGCUUCGCUCGUCACGAUGCCACCUAGCGAGCCACUGGUGUUUUCCCAAACCGCAAGAGCAGCUGCCGUUUGUUAUUGUACAGGGCUAAGUGGUUGCGACGUUGUCACCGGAGCCGCAGGGUUCUUCCAACAAGUUGGGUUCGUACAGCUCUUUACCGCAUCAGUGAUGCCAGUGGGAGAAUUCUCCUGUGCUACUUCUUCAUCCGGAGUCCUCGCCUCCAUCCCAUUCGUCUCCUGUGUGUUCUGUCCUUUCGGCGGCUGCCCUUUCGAGGCUGCCUCACGCAUUAUUUUCACACGCCAGCCGGAACCAUGGAAAGCACAGGUCUUCCCAGCGUGGCAUCCGGAACAUCGUUGCAAGCAUGCCGUCCAUGAGAGCUUUCUUCUGCCAGUAGCAGAUUUGGCCUUGCAGAUUGAUGGUGGGCCCCGUUCCGAUGUGAAGCGCUUUCGUCCAGCAGAGGGCUACACUCUGCCCAACUGGCCGACCUUUGUCCCAAAAGGCAAUUGGCUAGACAUUUGUUUCACACCGGAUUAUCGGGGAGAAAACGCUAGCGAGUGGUUCAAGGUUGGCGAGGUUGCUGUGCUGGAGGCGUCUCUCGCGGCUUCGUCUACCGUCCCAGGCGGAAGCACUACGUCUCCUCCAAAGCAGGUUGGCCAGGUGGGGCAGAUCUCGAUGUCCAGAUCCUUGCUGCCCUACCGCAAUCCGGAGAAUGUCGUUGGCCUGACUACCGGAGGCGGAAUUCGGCUUGCAUCGAUGAUUAUUACGGAGGACAGCUCCACCAGGGAAGCCUGUGAGAAGGGGCGCACAGUGGGCGUUGUUGGACUCACUCGUGCAAAUGCCUCGGCCUACUCGGCAACGGUGCGCGGAGACAGAAUUGUGUUUGAUGGUGGGGAGGUUGGCAAGAGCAUCUAUUUUCCUGAUGUUGCAACAGCUGUCGUAUGCUACUGUCCAGACAUGGGCGGACUUGACGAAUUUGGUGAACAGGUCUGCCUCGGAAGCCCCUAUUGGGUGCCAGUCGGCGCACUGGUCGUAGCAGGUCCUGUUGCGAAUCAGUACUGGGUGCUUCCGACCAUGAAGACCUUCCGCUUCGAGUACUUGGGUGUCAACCUACAAGACGGCGACAUGUUGCGUCUCAUCUUGGAGGAUUCCAGCUGUGCAGCUUUCCCACCUGCCGAACGGAUGUGCUUACAGCCGAACGAGGACCCCAUAAACGGCCAUGCUCUGUGUAGCAGCAACUUCCUCACCGCUAAUUCGGGCCAUAUGCGUACGACGACCCUCGCAUCUGAUCGGGUGCGAUGCGACGAGUUAAACGAAAACUGUGAGACAGUUCCUCUGACCAACUUAGAGACGACAGAUACCGGUUUGCAAUUGACGUUUGCCGGGACUACCUAUUCGGGCGGUGGACUUGGUAACCUUGGGCUGAAGGAUGGCGACACGAUUGUACUCGGAGCCGGAGUGCAGUGUGGUGAAAAUUGCUCCCAGCCGAUGCUGGACAUGGCCAAGGGCUUCCUGGUGUUCCAAGGCUUGCAAAACUACCUGCCAUUGGACGAGGAGGACGGUGAUUUGGCUGCCGACGUAGUUGGGGAGAGACAUGGUACUUUUCAAGGUGCCGGCGUGCAGCGAACUCCAGGGAAGUGGGGUGCCUAUGCGCUUCGCUUUAUCCCCGGCUCAUCUAUGGGUCUGCCCGCUGGAAGUCCAGUUGAAGGAACUGAAGCGUGGAGUGUCGUCUUCUGGGUGCAACUGGAGAAAGAUGGAUGGUACACGCUCUGUGGAAUGGCGAACGGGAACGGCAUCUUUGAGGAUGGCGAAGUUGAGAUAGGCGUCGCCUCUGCCCCGUGGCCUGCCGGCAGCCUCUACUUACGUCAAGCCGCCGGCAUCUCCGGCGAAGACCAGGCAAUGGGCGAUGCCGUGCUACCAAUGGCACAAUGGGCCCAUGUUGCAGUUGUCUAUGCCGGCAGGAUGAGCGGCAGCUUGCGCUUCUACGUUGACGGAGCACUUGCAUACGAACGCCUGGGCGUUGUUGUGAACACGUCUACUUUGCCGCUUCAAUUCGCUGGGCAUGUGUCUGACGAAUUCCCGGUUGGUGCUAACGCAUCUGACGGGUAUUUGGAGCUCGACGAGAUACGUUUCUACAAUUUGCCGCUGAGUUCUGAAGACGUGCUGGCUUUAGCCAAUGCAUCCGACGGCGGAAUUGCAGACCGGAGCCAGGCGCCAGGUGCACCUAUUGGGAUUGCCAUCGCUGAAACCUCCAAUCCAGCAGUCUUCACCGUGGAGCAGGGCAGCUUUGCCUCAGCACCAAUACCUCCAAGAUUCCACAUUGAGGGAGGCCAAUGGCGUCGAACUAAUCGAGGCGUGACCCGUGGGGAACUGAUGUCCAGCUCCGCACGGCGGUUGAAAGUUUGCUGGGAACGUGAUGGCCGAGCAGCUGAUGCUGGUAUUGUGGAGUUUGUGUCGCAAAGCAGCUUAACGGAGCUUGGGAUUUGGCCGACGCAGCGGGAGUGGUCGCAGUCCUCGCCCUUCGUCUUGACCUUCCGGACCGGCAGCGCCGACUCUCCUGGGAGGCGCUACGUGCAGGCAGAAGGACACAUGAGCCUGACCCUGACCUUCAUCAACCAGGCAGCCUUGAGGCACAUGGGGAGCAGUGCGCAGGGGCCCUUCGUGAGCUCCUUCAACAUCGGCAGCUGA